AUGGGGUUGGCCACCACCACGACUCUCAAGGAUUUGUUCAAAAACACUCCCAUCGGCUCAUCGACGAAUAUUCGGUUCGGCGAGUCGACUGCUGACAUCAGGCUGUGGGCUGAAUACGCAGGCCGGAAUGGAUGGACGGAGACGACAGGUUGGAUGGAUUCAGGCAUCAACUACGACGAUGACGUGUCAGAUUAUGAGGCCAGGGUGCGAUUCGGCGCUCUCUUCAACAACGAGGGCAGCAUUAACACUGUCAACGAUGCCAUCGGUUUUGGCGCCACGGAAGCGGGCAAUCACCACGUAGGCGCCGGAGCGGCGAUCUGGCCAUACAAAACGUUCCCGAUGCAGGGCACGAUCUGGGUCAAGGCAGAUGGCUGGGCGGCGCCCAGCCCCACGCCCAGUCCCGCAGUGCAGGCGACCGGCGACCCGCACCUGGUCAACGUGCACGGACAGCGUUUCGACAUCUACCGACCGGGCGCUCACGUCCUGCUCCACGUCCCCCGGGGCGCGGCGCCGGACACCACGUGGCUGCACCUGGAGGCGGACGCCAGGCAGUUGGGUGCGGGGUGCGAGGAGCUGUACUUCCAGGCGAUCACCGUGACGGGCGCGUGGGUCGAGCGGGCUCGCAACUUGACGGCCGAUCUUGAUGAGUUCGCACUGGGAGACCGCGGCGAACCCGCGCGCGGCCUCCAGUUUUUCGCGGAGUCGGCGGGCAAGCGGAGCAGCACUUCGUGGAUAAAUUUUGGCAAGGUGGGCCUCAAGGUGGUCUGGGGCCACACGGGCGGGGGCAUCAAGUACCUCGACGUUCUCCUGAAGCACGUGGGCCAGGCGGGCGUGAAAGUCGGCGGGCUCCUCGGCGAGGACGACCAUACGUGGGUGUCCACCCAGAACUCGGCGUGCAAGCACUUCGUGGCCUUGCACACCGACGGGCCUUCCGAUCUCUCGGGGAUCGUGGGCUAG